GCUGAGCAGAGUUACCAUGGCCCCAGGGCUCACUGUCCUGCUUGUCCUGUUCCUGUACCUCAAAGACCCGACUGUGCAGGCUGCUGACACCUGUCCAGAGGUGAAGCUGGUGGGUCUGGAAGGCUCCGACAAGCUCACCAUCCUCCGGGGCUGCCCGGGGCUGCCCGGAGUCUCAGGGCCCAAGGGAGAGGCUGGCACCAAGGGAGAGAAAGGAGAACGAGGCACCUCCGGAGCCCCUGGGAAGGCAGGACCACCUGGGCCCAAAGGAGACCAAGGGGAGAAGGGGACACGAGGGGAGAAAGGAGACACUGGGCCAUCUCAGUCAUGUGCCACAGGACCUCGGACCUGUAAGGAGCUGCUCGCCCAAGGCCACUUUCUAAGUGGCUGGUACACCGUCUUCCUACCCAACUGCCAGCCUUUGUCGGUGCUGUGUGACAUGCACACGGACAAUGGGGGAUGGACUGUCUUCCAGCGGAGGGUGGACGGCUCCGUGGACUUCUAUCGGGACUGGGCCGCGUACAAGCAGGGCUUCGGCAGCCAGCUGGGGGAGUUCUGGCUGGGCAAUGACCACAUCCAGGCCCUGACCGCCCAGGGGACCAGCGAGCUCCGGGUAGACCUGGUGGACUUUGAGGGCAACCAUGAUUUUGCUAAGUACAGCUCGUUCAGGAUGGCAGGAGAGGCAGAGAAGUACAAGCUCAUCCUCGGAGCCUUUGUGGGAGGCAGUGCUGGUGACUCUCUGAAGUACCACAACAACAAGUUCUUCUCCACCAAGGACCAGGACAAUGACAAAAGCUCUUUCAAUUGUGCGGAAAAGUACAGUGGAGCCUGGUGGUACUCUGAGUGCCACCUGUCCAACCUGAAUGGACUGUACCUCAGGGGUGUCCACAAGACCUUUGCCAACGGCAUCAACUGGAAGUCAGGGAAGGGGUACAAUUACAGCUACCAGGUGUCGGAGAUGAAGGUGCGGCCCACCUAGUUCCUGCAGCCCCUCCUCACCUGCAGGGGGCAGAGAGACCACCCCAUGAGCCCACACAGUGAGGUUGGGACUCCAGGGCAGGGCCAGUCCCAGGAGGCCUGGCUGAGCUGCCCCCAACCAUGGUGGGCUCUGCCCGCGGAGGCCGGGUGCUGGUGGCGACAGCUGGGAGCUCAUCUGCAGCACAGGGCUUCAGUUGGGUGCCCCUGAUGCCAACCAGCACCCCCACCCCCGCCACCAGUGACCAAUAAAGUCAGCUCCCUUCUCUCAUCAGGAGUCAGUCUGACGCCCUCCUGUGCCAGCCAAGUCUCCCUUCCUGCGGGACAUCCCAGCAGGACCUCGCCUGCGUGUUCCCUUCCCUGCCUGACUCGAUUUCAUUUCCCUUGUCAUUGGGCCAAGACACCCCAGUGUCUGCAUCAAAGUCAGAAACCUUCAGCUGGGUCCCAGCUGCAGGGCCAUGCUGCCCCCGGCCUCCCCUCUGCCCCAUGGCCUGCAGAGCCCUUGGUGUAGCCCUUCACCCCCCACACCUGGACCUCGGCAGAUGAACUAUUUCCGAGAAGGGUUUGUGCCCAGCAGGCUGCAGUGCCAACUCCUGGUUCUCGAGUGGCAGAGCUUCACACAUUUCCCACAUCCGGGCCACAGGCCAGGGGUUCUUAUGAGCUUGGUAGGUCAGGAGGAGUCAAGAAGCCCACACAGAGACGAACUCACU